UAAUGGCAGAAAGAGAUGAUAAUUAUCAAGAAUUACAAGUUGGGUUUCGUUUCUACCCAACUGAAGAAGAGUUAGUCUCAUUCUAUCUUCAUAACAAGCUCCUCCAUCAAACCACGCCUCAAAUUGAUAGCCUCAUUCCUCUCAUUGACAUCUACUCCAUUCAACCGUCUCGUCUUCCCAGUCUGGCUGGGGAGUUGUGUCCUAAGGAUACAGAGCAAUGGUUUUUCUUCACGGCCAGGCAAGAAAGAGAAGCCCGCGGCGGCAGGUCUAACCGGACCACCUCCUCCGGUUACUGGAAGGCCACGGGCUCACCUUCCCAUGUCUACUCAGCCGAUAACAGAGUAAUUGGUGUGAAGAGGACAAUGGUGUUCUACAAAGGCAGGGCACCGACUGGAACUAAAACCAAGUGGAAAAUGAACGAAUAUAAAGCCAUUUUGAAUGAACAGAAUCAGGAUGAAACAACUCAUGAUCAUAAUUCAUCCAAUUCCAUAAUCCCAAAGUUGCGGCAUGAGCUAUGCCUGUGCAGAGUUUACAUCGUGUCGGGAACCGGUCGUGCUUUCGACCGGAGGCCAGCAGCAGGAGUGUUGCCCUAGAACAUAGAACAAGAAGAAGAAGAAGAAUUGACCAAAAACAUAUGGUCAACACCUCAUAGUCUUAUAGUCUCUCUGGAUCAAAAGGAGCACUUUAAUUAUCCCUAUUAUAGUAUUAUUCCUAAAGUUAAAAAAAAUAUGAAUUUAUUUUAGGUAUGUUUAUGAUUAUGUUUUGUGUAAUUUUCAAUUUUUUAAAAUU